AUGGAGAACGAGAACAUACAGCUUCUUUUCAUGCUACUUCCGAAGCUUCCUCUAAUACUUCGGGUGGCCAUCUUGCAUAUCCUCCGGCUCUCGGAGCCAGCUCGAUACUUGGAUCUUCAAAGCGCCAUCAUCGUGUCCGUCCUCCGAUCAUUUCUUGCCCCGGACCGUCCGGUUAGCAUAUCGAAAACACAACGGCUUACCUUGAAAGAUCCCGGAAUUAAGGGAAGGAUAUGGGUUAGCAAGUAUACUGCUCCACCACCGCCGGAGACGGCGGUCCGAGAUGCACUGGUCUCUGCCAUUGAUCGUUUAAGCGACGCGGCAGGCUCCCGUGCACCCACCAGAGGACCGGAUAUUCUGCCGGUCGAGGCUGAGUGGACCGGCUACCGAGCUGAAGCGAAACCGAACUCUACUCUCCCCGACAUAACAGAGAAGGAAAAGUACGACGAGCUUAUGAAAGAAUGCUCUAGCGCAACUACGAUUUUGUACUUGCAUGGGGGUGCAUACUACCUCCUAGACCCAUCAUCGCAUCGACCGACGACCAAAAAGCUGGCAAAACUUACCCAGAGCCGAUGUUAUUCAGUCCGAUAUCGCCUUGCUCCACAGAACCCCUUCCCUUCGGCCCUCCUGGAUGCGCUCGUCUCGUACUUGACCCUUCUAUACCCCCCACCCAACUCCUUCCAUGAACCGGUGCGGCCGGAACAUAUAGUCUUCGCUGGCGACAGUGCCGGAGGAAACCUUGCACUCGCGUUGUUGCAAACCAUCUUGGAGAUCCGGCGGCAGGGUCGAACGAUUGCAUGGUUCGGGCAAGAACGCGAGCUCCCUCUCCCGGCCGGUGCAGCGCUGAGCUCCCCCUGGGUGGACCUUACUCUCAGUUCUCAAUCCUGGGAGAGGAAUGCGGAGUUUGAUUAUUUACCCAGUAUGACUGCGAAAGUGGCAGACGAAUUUCGUCCUUGCGAAGCAUGGCCGGCAGAACCACCUCGAGUGAGUCUUUACGCCGACGACCAUCUUCUUGACCAUCCUCUUGUCACGCUCGUCAUGGCGCAGGACUGGACCGGUGCACCCCCGAUUUUCAUGAGCACGGGCUGGGAGCUGCUGGCCGAUGAAAACAAGUUCAUUGCCCUGAAGUUGAAGAAGAAUGGCGUCAAGGUUAUCUUUGAGGAAUACGAGGCUAUGCCGCACUGCUUUGCCAUGGUGCUCACGAAGCUACCUGCCGCGAGGCGAUGCUUUGAUGGCUGGGCUGGAUUCAUUCGAACGGUAGUAGAAAACCAGGAAAGCAUUACACCCAAGGCAAUCACGGUGAAGGCUAAGACAUUGGAGGAGGUUGAGCUCGAUCUGGAAUCGGAGGACCUCGUGGAGGAACAGGUGCAAGAACGUGUCCGGGCACAGAUCAAAGCUCGCCUAGCAUCUCCCCCGUCCAAAUUAUGA